AUUGGGUGAAAGUGUCGUGGCCAUUGCGUCUGCCUACCACUCCAGCAUAUGACAUAGGGUGACCAAUUUAUCAGCCGCUUGGCGUCGUAAGGGUGUGGAGGAACGAAGAUGGCAUGGAGACUUAUUCUAUGUAGUAGAAGCAGCAACAGCUGGAUUUAUCCUCCUGCACUGCUAUACUCGCAUUCUUUACCGAGACCAGCAGCGUCAGCCAAGGAAAGAGAGGGUCGAGAUGGGCUAAAGGUGUCCGGAAGAAGCCGCCAUCGACGAUCUGCUUGCCUAAUUGCAUGCCGAGCCAAGAAAAGAAGUGGCAUGGUUGAGGAUGAGCAGCAAGCGUGGGAAGAUGGCCGGCCCCUGCGGCAGGUGCAGCAGGCGGCCUUGUGGGCCGCCGAGGCAGCUUAUAUUCUCUGGCUUUUCCUUCUCCCUUAUGCUCCGGGUGACCCAAUAUGGGCGAUUAAAUCCACAACAAUAAAUGACCUUGUGGGACUGUCUCUCAACUUCUUCUUUAUUCUGCCAUGGAUGAAUGCUGUAUAGUUGGCAUUCAUGUACUUGAAGCACCAGUGCUGCAUCCUGCCGCUGAAGGUUUGUUCAACUUUGUCAUUGGGUGGACACUUUUGUUUGCCCCAGUGCUAUAUACGGAUCACCGGAGAGACAGAUACAGUGGAUCCCUAGAUGUCUUAUGGGGCUUUCAGAUGUUCCUCACAAACACUUUCUUGAUACCUUACAUGGCGAUCCGCCUCAAUGACAUGGAUGUGAAGCACUCCUACAAUAAGGUGUCUCAAUUAGGUUCAUUGAUGACCAAGGGUUCAUCAAUCGUUGGUGCAAUUGGUGGAACAGUCUGUGUAGCAUCAGCGCUUUGGACUUUCUUUGGCCGUCCUGAUGCUGCGUUCGGUGGCAUUGCAGACCGGUGGGACUUUUUUCUGCGAUAUGUUGGAUCAGAGAGGCUUGCUUAUGCCUUUAUAUGGGAUAUUGGCCUUUACACGAUGUUUCAGCCUUGGCUGAUAGGUGACAACCUCCAUAACGUGAAGAAAAGCAGUGUGAGCAUCGUGAGUAAUCUAAGAUUUAUUCCUGUUCUGGGUUUGGUUGCCUACACUUUGUGUUUAGAAGAUGACAAGAGCAUUAGCUAAAUAUGAGCUUGAACUAUAUGCACUGCAAAACAUGUAGGAGCUGAACUUGUUUGUCAGCUUGGGUUUAAGUAAACAACAGCUUGCAUGAGAAUUUGGCUGUACCAAAUGAGAACUUGAAAUCAAGAGUGCUUUUAUAA